GUAUUUCACUUGAGUUGCCGUUCAAUUGAGUUGUACCAUUAGGGUGUUAUAGUUUCCGCAACGGCGUUCUACCAGACGUAAGAUACACCCGAAAAAAUUAAUACACAUCAACACACUUCCAAACUCAAUGCUUCUUCGUUUAAACGUCGCUGAAACUGAUAGAUAUAUGGAUUUGACUGUCCAUAAUUAAUUAAUAAGGUGACUUCUUGAUUUCUCGUUGUCCGAAUUACAUACAUUUAGAUGUUAAAAUCCUUUGUAUAUAGCUUGAGAAGACAAGAUGCUGAAUUCCAACAUUUAAAAUCCUUCGUGUAUCCCCGUCUCUAUGGUGAACGUAAAGGGCCUUGCUCGCUUGAAGAAACGGGACCCGAAGGGGUCGGGACAGGGCAGCCAGAAGCCCGCCACUGCCCUCUUUAAGAAAGCCGAGGGCGAUGCCGCUGCCGGCAAGAGGAAGGCAGCGACCAAGGGGUCCCCCCCGGCUACCAAAAAGCCGAAGAAGGGGGAUGUCGCCGAGAAGGAGCCCCCGGUCAUUAUCGCUGAUGAGCACCCCGUCUCCGGGGUGCAUGUGGAGAAGCCGUCGGGUGAAACGCCGGCGGGGGGCAGAGGAGUUGCUGCCUGAGGUCCUCCAAGUCUCGUUCCCGAGGGGGACAUCCCUGGCCAGCGGCGCUGUCGACCCGGGGGCCAUCUUGAGGGGCAUAACCCCUGAGACUGAUAGGGCUGCCCUCGGGGCUUAUAACGAUGCGGCCCUCGAGGACCACAUCCUCCGCUCCUCCCUUUCUGCUUGUCUAGCCCUCGGUGAACAUGCCCGGAGGCUUCAAGAAUGGCGCCUCCAUAAAGCCGAGCAGGAUGCCAAGAUGAAAGAAUGCAUCCUCAAAAAUAAAGAGGCGGUGAAGCUGGGGGCCAGGCUGGAAGAGGAGCUUCGGCAAAUGGAGCAGAGAUUGGAGGCCGCAGAGAAGGGCAAGGCCGACGUUGAGGCCGCUGCUGAGGAGGCCAGGAGGGCUGCCAAAGAGGCCGAGGACUCCAAGGCGCUGGCCGUUGCCAAGGCUCGGGAGGAAGCCGUUGAUGCCUUCGUCGCCGAGGGCUGGAGGGCCGAGGGACGCAAGAUGUGGCUGUCCUCGGUUGUGGAGGCACACGUCGAGGAAUGGGCCGAGGGCCCUGGGUGGGAAUGGAUGGCCCGGAAGGGCAGAGAGUACUAUGAAGCCGGCGAAUUCUUCACCCAGGCCCUCAUCUACCGGAGGAUGGCCCGACAUUUGGGCAUUGAGCAAAAGGACUUCUCCCCCUCGGCGUAUGGCCUUCCUCCCCUGCAACCUGAUGUCCGUGAGUCGCUCCCGGAAGGUGUUCAGAGGCCCGACCUUGAGGACACGGAGUUGAAGAAUGAGGCCGAGGACGACGCUGUCGAGACCGGAGCGGAGGCAUCAUCGAGGCCGGCUGCAGAGGGCGCCCCGGUGAAUGAUGCUGUUGUAGUUGUAGAGUGACUUUGUAUUUAAAAAUCCUUGAACAUAUUUUGUAAUGAACAACUUUGAUCCUUCGGCUUCGGCCUGUUUGUAAAUUUCACACUUACUCUGUUUUUUAUGAAUGCAUGCUGCCCCGGG